AUGUGUGGUGAUGGUGCUAAUGAUGUUGGAGCGUUAAAAGCAGCUCAUGCUGGGAUUUCACUUUCAACAGCCGAUGCUUCUGUAGCUAGUCCAUUUACAUCAAGAACUCCUACUAUUGAAUGUGUACCUACCAUUAUUCGAGAAGGACGUGCAGCUUUGGUCACUUCGUUUGGUGUUGUUAAAUAUAUGGUGGCUUAUAGUCUAACACAAUUCUUGACAGUUAUUAUGUUAUAUACGAUUGGAAAUAAUUUAACUGAUUAUGAAUUUCUGUUUAUUGACUUGGGUCUUAUUACAUUAUUAGUAUUACUCUUUAGUCGAACAACUGCCUACCCUUAUUUGGAUCCAAAGGCACCUCGAACAAAAUUAAUUUCCUGGCGACCACUUGUAUCACUUAUUGGUCAUUUAAGCAUUUGUGCUGCUUUUCAAGCAUUUAUUUUUGAAUAUGUUAAAAAACAACCAUGGUACGAACCAUUUGAAUUUAAUGAAGAAAAAAUUUACAUAUCACAUAUCAAUACGGCUGUAUUUCUUCAAUCAACAUUUCAAUAUAUUUGGGAAUCGAUUGUAUUUUCACGCGGUGCACCUUAUCGACGAUCGAUAUUUUCUAAUUGGCUUUUUCUCAUAUCUAUUGUACUUACAUUCGGAUUUAGUUGUUUUCUACUUUUCAUACCAAUCAAAUCGGUUUACACAUUUUUUGAGCUUCGUAUUAUCCCAGAUAUAAAAUUUAAAUUAAUUAUUUUUGGUCUUGCAAUAUUAAAUUUUAUAAUCAUGCACAUGUUUGAAGAAUAUAUUAUUGAAAACGAUCAUGUUAGUUGUAAACGAUCACCAUUAUCAUCAACAUCACGAAAUAUAACAUCUCGCUCAGGAACACAUCAUUUACAUAUUGAAAAUAUUCUUCGACUAACACCUGAUUGGCCACCUAUACUUGCCACACCUUCUGAAGAAGAAAAACUUCCUGAACAUGUAUUGGUCAAUGAAACUAAGAAGAAUAAUCAAAUAACAACAAAUGAAUUUUUUUGA